CAUGAACUAUAGUUUCGCGAUUCUUUUGUCAAAACUUUUGCAUUAAGUCGUUCUUUGAAAAACUGUUAAUGCUUUGCGACACCUCGAAUUAUAUUGAUCAAUUUACAAUGAGAGGUAAAUGGAAAUAGCAUGAACGAAGCCUUCUAUGGGGAGGUACUUGGAACGGCAGAGGUAAGUCUGGAGCAGCCAUUUUCGAAGCGAGAAGGGUUAGAGCGGCAGGGAGAGUGCACGGGCAGGCUAAAUUUUAAGUUACUCUCAUUACGACACGAGAAUGAGUCUGCCGUGAAUUAGAAUAGGGCAAGUCAACUCCUCUGAGCCCUGCUUGGGAGUUUCUUGUUAGUGUUGAGUGCAUGCUUUUCGAAAACGCUGACGGUGGCUCGACUGGAGGCGAGGAAAGGCUCACUGUACCUGCGAGCGGACGGACACCUGCGGAUUGCCAAGUCGGUAAGGGUGACGCUGUUACAACAACAACGCCCAAUGUAAUCCAGUGAUUUCUAAGCAGUUCUUCAGUUGUGUUGUGUUACUAGAAGAAUUGCGUUCAUGCAUUUCAAUUUCUAUACACCUGUGAACAAUCUGUGAUAUUAUAUUUGCACUUGAUCCCGUCAAAGACGAAAGCAAAGACUGAAAAUGCGUGCAAACUCAAUGUUGGUCACUUCAGACUUGCUCCGGCUGGCGUUACAGCCAUGCGUGGUGAUACUGUGUUUUCUCAGCCUUCUUCCCAUUAGCCCUGUAGCAUAUCAAAUUCACAUAUCUCAUAGGGACUUGCCAAAAACUUUACUCUUCAAAGCCGGUCUACACCAUGAUGACUGGACAUAUCAUUUGGACCAGUUUAGAACCUCAGAAAUGGCUUUAAAGUAUGUUUCCAUAGAUUCAACAGAAGGAAGUUUAUUUUUAAAAGAAGUCCCUGCAGAGUGUUCCCAACAUAGCACUCUGAAAAUAUAUAUCAUUGCUCGUCACCGUCAAUUGUCAAAAUACCAGCGUGUGGAAGACAACAGUGCACCUGGAAUUAGCCAGAACUCAGAUAUUAUUUCCAGCUUUUCAGACAUUCAUGUGGUUAUACCUGUGAACAUGUUCAUACAUAGUGGGAAACAGUGCCCAGAUCAGGUUGCAAAGACAUACCCCCAUUUAUCCCCAUUGUCAGUUAUUGCUACAACUUCUCAUCAUUAUGGUGCUUGUAUUAUGCCACACCAACCUGUGCUAAAAGUGCUCGAUUUCAUCCCAGCAGCAAUGUCUACAGAAUUGAAACAAGAGUGUCAGUUUCAGUUUUACCUGCAUGACACAGAUGACUUCUAUGUUCACAAUACAACCUCCAGGAUUCAUGCAUUCAAGAAAGUUUGUGUUCAUGAGCAAAUCAGUAUUCAAGGAAAGUUAACUUUAAAUGGUGCGUGUGGUAUUGAAUCAUUGUCUGAGUCAGGUGCCUUUCAGUAUGUUAUGCCAUUCACUGUUACCAUUCGUAAAGCCAAGCAAAGCGUUCCAACGAUGAAGGUGGUUGGUGAUGCUUACAUAUCAAGUUUACAUAACCUCCAUGCUAGGCUACGACGUGCAGCUACAAACACAAAACCGACCUUCCAGUUACCCCUGUAUGAAAGACAUAUAGAUGAGGAGCAGGCACCUGGUGUGUUGGUAGCAACAAUCACUGCGACAGACCCAGACUCUGGGGAUGCAGGCAGGUUGACCUACACACUGCAGGCUACUCGUGAUGGUAGGAGUAGAAAUAUGUUUGCCAUAAACCCUGUUACAGGCCGCGUAAACACAACCCAGAAACUUGACCGAGAGACAAUGACCGCUCACUAUUUCCAUGUUAUUGUGUCUGAUUAUGGCCGCCCUCAAGAAACUGCCACAACGUCUCUCGUCAUUUAUGUUGAUGAUGUCAAUGAUCAUCCUCCGAAGUUUGAGAAUGACAAUUACACUCAGCCUGUGGAGGAGAGCAUUAGCAUAGGCAGUACUCUCAUCACUGUUAGAGCUACGGAUCAGGACACUGGUGACAAUAGCCGCAUACGCUAUCGCAUACUGAAUCCUUCUGGACCUAAUGACGUCUUUUCCAUGGACCCAGAGGCAGGUAGCAUUGUCUUACGGACUCCUCUUGACCGAGAAGUGAUUAGUAGUUAUAUAAUAAAGGUACAGGCUGUUGACCAAGGAGCUAUCGCCUCCAGAAAGUCGGCAACGGCCACAAUUCAAAUCCAAGUUCUUGACCAAAAUGACAACCGGCCUCAGUUCACGGAGUCUUCCUACCAUGAAGUGGUCAGGGAGGAUACUGACCCGUCUGGAAAACCAGUCAUUGCCACAGUAUCGGCAAAAGAUAAGGACAUUGGAGAGAAUGGAGAUGUUCGCUAUCGAAUCACCAGUGGUAACACGGACAACACAUUCUCCAUUGAUUCCAUCACUGGUGCCAUUUCUCUUCUGAAGCCCCUUGAUCAUGAGGUAAUAACUUCUUACCGACUCUACAUUCGAGCCCAAGAUAACGGCUCUCCACCAAAAACAAACAUUACCACUCUGUUAGUAGAUGUUCAAGAUGUGAACGACAACAACCCAAAGUUCACGGCAUCGUCAUACCUAGAGUCGAUCAAAGAAGAUGUUGGUGUGAAUUACUCCAUUCUUCCAGUGGAAGCCUAUGAUGAUGACUCUGGACUGAAUGCGGAGCUGGUUUAUCGUAUAGUUGAUCCUCCACCUGGGAUGCCAAUCACAGUGGACCCAAAAACUGGGUGGAUUAAGACAAAUGGUCAGCUUGACAGGGAACAGGCAAGAGCAUACAAUUUCCUGGUUGAGGUUAGAGAUAAAGGCAAUCCUCCAAGGUCAGCAACUGCCACUGUUGACAUCCAUGUCACAGAUGUUAAUGACAAUCCACCAAUAUUUAACCCACGGGUCUACUAUGCCUCUGUGUCAGAGGAAGCCACACCUGGUGUUAGGGUCACAAGCGUAACUGCCAUUGACAAGGAUGAGCGGGAAAAUGCCAGACUCACCUAUGAUAUCACCAGUGGAAAUAUAGACGAAGCCUUCAGAAUAUACACACAGGGAGGGGAAGGCAUAAUAUCAGUAGCACGGGUGUUGAACUACAAACAGCAAAGUCGUUACAUUCUGACUGUGCGAGGUAGUGAUCCUGGUGGAAAGGUAGAUACAGCGACAGUUUUCAUCAACAUCACAGAUACUAAUCGUCAUCGGCCAAUGUUCCAAAACAAUCCCUAUCAGAAGGAUGUGGAUGAAAAUGUCAAGGUUGGAACAGUGUUGAUAAAAGUGUUUGCCCUUGACAAUGAUGUAGGUGAGAAUGCCCGCGUAACAUACAGCAUAAGCGGUGAGGGUUCACAGGUGUUUUCUAUUGAUGCGAACACUGGAGAAAUAAGAACUAGAUUGCCGCUGAACAGAGAAACAACUGCUGGCUAUGUUCUCACUGUCACUGCUACAGAUCAUGGAAAACCUCCUAUGUCUGAUGUAACAGACGUGGAAAUAAAUGUAAGAGAUAACAAUGACAAUGCCCCAGAGUUCCAGGAAACUCUUUACUCUGGCCGAAUCUCUGAGGGUGCAACUGUAGGCGACAGUGUCAUACAGAUUACAGCGUCGGAUCUUGACAUUGGGAAGAAUGGACAAAUUUUUUACACGUUUGAUAGCGGAAAUGAUGGAAAUGGAGACUUCGAAAUUGACCGCACUUUAGGGAUCAUAAGAACGGCCAAGAAGUUAGAUCGUGAAAAGGUUGCAAACUACAAGCUUAUUGCAUUUGCAGUUGACAUGGGUGUACCUCCUAAAUCUACAUCUGUAGCGGUGAAUGUUGAAAUUGAAGAUAUCAACGAUAGUGCACCUAUGUUUGAAUCAGAAGUGAUUAAUGUGUAUAUAAAGGAGAACAGUCCAAGGGCGUCAACUGUCGGUCGGAUAAGUGCUACGGACCCAGAUGAAGGAAGUAACGCUCAGAUUGAGUACAGCAUCCAAGGAGGGCCUGAUGCAGACUCCUUUCAUUUGACCGAGCGCCCAGGUGAACCAGCAAUCAUAACAACAAAGGUAGACCUUGAUUAUGAGUCAUCAAAGAAAAUGUACGAGCUCAUUAUCAAAGCUGCCUCCACUCCACAUUUCUCAACAGCUAAAGUUAAAAUCUGGGUUCAAGAUGUCAAUGACAAUCGGCCAAAACUGAACGACUUCACUAUUAUUUUGAACAAUUUUCUGGAGCAUUUCCCCAGUGGACCUAUUGGCAAAGUGCCGGCUCAUGAUCCAGAUGAGUAUGAUGUUUUACACUAUUCGUUUCUGUCUGGUAAUGAAGCUAACCUACUUUAUCUGAACUCCUCCACUGGUGAGAUACGACUGGAUUGGCGCCUUAACUCGGAUGUACCAAGAAAUGGAACUUUCCUUGUCAAAGUAACAGAUGGGAAAAAUGAAGUGCAGGCCACUUGUAAAUUGUACGUGCGUCUUGUCACGGCGGACAUGCUGCAGAAUAGUGUUACCAUUCGUCUCAAUAACAUGACACAGCCCGCAUUCCUGUCACCACUGUUUAAGUUCUUUGUGGAUGCCCUGGCCAACAUUUUCCAGACGGAGGAGCGAAAUAUCUUCGUCAUCAACAUUCAGGAUGAUACAGAUGUAUCCACCCAGGUUCUUAAUGUCAGUGUGUCUGUUCGCAAGUCCACUGACCAUGGCAGGGAUGUCUUCCACUCCCCUCAAUACCUGCAGGAACAGAUCUACCUGCAGCGCAUUCUACUCGCCUCUCUCUCGACUCUCCAGGUAUUGCCUUUUGAUGAUAACAUGUGUGUGAAGGAACUGUGUGCCUUCUUUGACUACUGCCAGUCAGCGCUGGUGUUUGGCCAGGCUUCGCCCUUCAUCUCCUCUACCACCAUGCUGUUCCGACCCAUCCACCCCAGUAACUGGUACCAGUGCCACUGCCCCGUUGGAUUCACAGGAAUGAAGAAAAUAUUUUUGUGCGAUGUGGAAGUGAAUCUGUGUUACUCCAGCCCGUGUGGUGGAAACGGAACUUGUGUGCAGAAGGAAGGUGGAUAUACAUGCCUCUGUCAGCCAGGAUUUACAGGUAAAAACUGUGAAAUUGAUAUGAAAACCAAGAAGUAUGAUCGCGUAAAGUGUCCCUCCAAUGUGUGCAUGCCCCCGUCUUACUGUGAACCACUUAUCAAAGGAGGUUUCCGCUGUGAGAAAUGCCCAGAGUCCGAAUUCUUCAACGAGUUCUGUCAGCUGACUGCCCGAAGCUUCCCAAGGGGAUCUUACCUCACCUUUCCAUCACUGAAAAGUCGGCACAGGUUCACAAUUGAACUGAAGUUUGCUACUUGGGAGAGGAAUGGUCUGUUGUUUUACAAUGGCCGCUACAAUGAGCAACAUGAUUUCAUUGCCUUGGAGAUCGUGGACAGUCAAGUGCAGUUUUCGUUCUCUACAGGAUCAAAUGUGACAUCAGUGAGGACCAAUCUGGAGGAAGGGACGAGUAAUGGAGAGUGGCAUUAUGUUAGAGUAGAUUAUCUCAACAGGACUGCUACUUUGACAGUCGGUGAGGAUUGUGACACUGAGGUGUGGAUUCGUUAUGGCCACAAGCUCGGCAAUUACACCUGUGCAGUUAGGAAAACAUUCCAUUUGGAGAAAAGGUGUAAUAUUGAAACAGAGCCGUGCCAUCGACUAUUGGACCUCACAGGUCCAUUUCAGAUAGGUGGCCUCCCGUCUGUGUCCUCAGACUUCCAGGUGAAAAACAAGCACUUUGAGGGAUGUAUCAGAGACAUUUACUUUGAUAGAGAACUGUUGGAUCUGAAUACACCUGUGGCUGACAAUGGGACUCAGGAAGGCUGCCCACCAAAACGGUCUUUGUGCCAGUCCUCACCCUGCACCCAUAGAGGUACAUGCAGGGAAGGAUGGGGUACCUACAUCUGUGAAUGUCCUCCUCGGACAGGUGGUAAAGAUUGCAGCCAAGAAAUUGAGCUGCCUUAUACAUUCCGUGGAGAUGGCUACAUGAUGUUCAAGCCGGCCAGCGAAGCAGUGCAAUUUGUCUGGUACAAUGGUAUCGCAUUCCGCACACGGGCACACAGUGGGAUUCUUAUGUCUGUCCAGGUUAGAAGCAGCAAGAAGAUCCAACUGGAGAUCAAGGAUGGAUUUGUGUCUUACACAUUUGACACACUAUCUGUUGUUUUGGACAAACUUCGGGUGAACGAUGGGAAGUGGCAUUAUGUGGUGGCCAGAUGGUCUGAGGGGCAGCUUAUUUUCAGUCUGGACUACGGUGUGAUACAGAAAACCAUCAAAGUGACAACUUUAACCCUAGGGAUUCUGGUGGAGAAUGUCUUUGUUGGUGGCCUUGAUAAGUCUGUUCCGAAUUUGAGUGGAUUUGUGGGUUGUCUGAAGAAUGUGGUAUUGGGAAGCACAGAGCGCUCAACGUUGAGUGGUGGAUCCAAGUCUAACAUUGUGGAAGGUUGCAAUGUGCAGGAUGCUUGUAACUCUGAUCCAUGCAGUCAUGGCCAGUGUGUAGAUGAGUGGGGGAAACAUUCCUGUCAGUGUUCCAAAGGCCGGAUGGGUCCAGAGUGUGGACACAUCUGUGAUGAUUACAACCCUUGUCGCCACUACGCCGAAUGUCAGCGCUCUCUCACCAUGGGAGCAUCCCAGUCAUAUAGCUGUGAGUGCGGCGCCUUGCAAUCUGGGAAGUACUGUGAGAUCCGCGCCCAGCAGCCGUGUCCUGCCUCCUGGUGGGGCUCCCCAAUUUGUGGACCAUGCAACUGCCCAACAGAGCGAGGCUUCAAACCUUCCUGCAACAAGACGACUGGCCUCUGCACAUGCAAGGUGAACCAUUACAAACCGAAAGGCAGCAAUACUUGUUAUCCUUGUGAUUGCAAUUACCCUGGUGGGGCUAGAGGACUCUCUUGUCAUCCAGAAUCUGGACAGUGUCCUUGUAAAAGUGGGAUUCAAGGCCGUCGGUGUGACCUCUGUGAGGAUCCUUUUGCUGAGAUCAGGAAUGGUGGCUGUGAAAGUGUUAAACAGUUUGAUUCCUGCCCAAGAUCUUACCACAGUCAAGUCUGGUGGGAUCGCACCUUGUUCAACCGCACUGCUGUUCAGGACUGCCCCGAGGACAAGGAUGGGAGCAUUCCUUAUGGUGAUGCCAAGCGCUUCUGUUCUCGUAAUGGUUGGUUAGAGCCUGAUCUCUUCAACUGCACAUCUGAGAAGUUCAUGGGCCUCCAGAGACAGUUGGGGCAGUUAGCAGCAGGUGUCAAUACCUUUCUUGCCAAGACGACUGUGUCCAAACUGGCCAACAUCUCCGGAUCUGUGGACGUCAUGUAUGGCAACGACAUCUACCUGACUUACCUGUCCCUAAAGACAAUCCUAAGCCAUGAAAACCAGCAGCAGGGACUUAAUCUGACCAGUGAACGAGACCGACAAUUUAUUCCUAACAUCCUGAGCACACUGAGCAGAAUGUAUGACCCAAAGACCAAAGGUUACUGGGACCAGAUCCAUAGAAUGUCAGGUGGUGCCAUAGAGCUGAUGUGGAUGAUGGAGGAGUAUCUGUCCACACUAGCCAGUUCCAUGGCAACCGCUCACACCUGGCCUUUUGAUGUUGUCUCCGACUGCAUAGUGCUUGCAGUGGAUACAAUCAAAAAUCCAAACUCCACUAAAGAACGGAUACCAAAGUACAACAACAUUGUUCAGAAGGAAAACAUGUUUGAUAAGCUGACGUACAUCACUUUACCAGCAUCCAUUAUCCCAACCACAGCAGCAAAAGAUUCUAAGGCUUACGUUGGAUAUAUGAUGUACAAGACUUUAGGAGAAGUCCUUCCCACGUCAUACAGUUCAGAUGUCAGAACCACACGCCCUCUAGCGGUUAACAGCCCUGUCAUCACUGUGAUCCUGAGGGACAAAUCUAGAAACAUCCAUGGCCCCCUGCAGGAGCCCGUGGAGAUUACUUUCCAGCAGCUGCAGGUUGUCAAUCGCACCAGUCCCCAGUGUGUGCACUGGCAGUUCAAGGAGUCCGGAAACAACACCCGUGGUCAGUGGUCAACAGAGGGUUGUGAGUUAAAGGGACGAUACAAGAUGGGAGACAAGAAGUUUGUGACAUGCAGCUGUAACCACCUGUCUACUUACGCAGUUCUCAUGGAUGUCUCUGAUACAGAGUACUACCCAAUGGAGUUCUUAGGUGUGAUAAUCGUGCGUUACAUAGGCUUCCUAAUCUCACUGACCUGUCUGAUGAUUUGCCUGCUCCUGUUCUGCUGCCUUCGUCGACUUUACUCAAAUUCCAAUUCCAUCCAUAUCAACUUUGUCCUCACCAUCUUUGUGGCUGAACUUACAUUCCUGGUUGGUAUAGACAAAACAGAAAAUAAGUUGGGAUGUCGUUUUGUUGCAAUCAUCCUCCAUUAUUUCUAUGUGUCUGCCUUCUUUUGGCUCUUUGUUGAGAUGCUCCAUUUAUAUCGAAUGUUGACCGAAAUCAGAAACAUCAAUCAAGGCUCUAUGAAGUUCUAUUACUUAUUGGGCUAUGUUGUGCCAGGCAUCAUUGUUAGUUUGGCUGUCGGAUUAGCGACUGACGAUUAUGGAAAUGACAAGUACUGCUGGUUAGCAACAGACAGCCUACUCAUUGCAUCAUUCAUCGGGCCCAUUGGAUUAAUUGCAGUGAUGAACCUUUUUGUGUUCUUUAUGGCUGUCAAAGCUAGCUGUUCACCUAAAAAAGAGAAAGCAAAAGUAGGAUUCCAAAGGUUGGUGCUUGUGGCUGCUGUACUGCUGCUUUUUGUGCUGGUCCUGGAUGGGGUGUUUGGUCUCCUGUCUGUAUCAACCCUUCUCACCGACAACCACCUGGCCUUUCACUAUCUCUUUGCCGUCAUCACAUGUUUUCAAGGCAUCUUUGUUCUUGUCGCUUAUGUGGUUUGCAGCAAGCAGGUUCGUUUUGAAAUGCGACGUUGGUGGAGGAUAUGCCAGGGGGAGAAGGAUUUUGAUGAGAAGUAUGAUGCCAUGAAAAGCCCCACUGCCUCUCAUCGUUCUGCUUUGGCUUACCGUCAUGAGUCCUUCGAGAAUGGCCUGAACAGGAUUAAUGUGGGGAUCUCCACCACAUCCACAACAAGUCGUUCCACCAGCAAGACAAGUAGCGGGACAGGCGGCUACAAAAAUAACUACCUGAGGAACUCCAGCACAUCAACGUCAGGCCAUGUCCCUUCAGGCUCCCUCUACCCUCCCAAUACCGGCAUACCGCCUUAUGGGUAUGACCCAGCGGCCUUCCAGCGUAUGAAACACCCCGAUGAUCCAGAUACAGGUGAGAACGACCGCAAGAGGACUAACGACUCUGACUCUGACAGUGACAUGUCCGUGGGGAGGCACAGCUUAGAACUGGCCUCUAGUCAUUCCUCAGAUGAAGACGACGACUAUGAUGGACCUAAGUGGGAACAACAGUUACCAAAAAAUAAAAUACUAGAAGAAGCGAUUAAGCGAAAGGAGGAGAAACAGAAGCAGCGUAGUGCAGAAAAUGUAUUAAGUCCACAUCCGUAUAGAGACCACCCUGAGCAGCCCUCUGACCCUGGAACCAGACAGCCAGACCUGCUUAAUGCUGCGGGCAUUAGAACGGGAUCAGAACGGGUGCACCCUCCAGACUACAGAUCAAUAUACGGAGGCCCGAAUCAAUACAUUGUCCCUCCCGUUCGGAAAGAUAGUUUACCCCCUUUAAACAAGUCGGAGAGCAGUGAAAACACUGGGUCAAAUCGACCCCCAUCAAGGGAGCGAACCACUGUUCAGGUUCUCACCCACAACGGCAGUGUAACAUCAUCAGAUUCUGAGAGCAGCAAUGAAACAACUGUGUGACAUACUGUAGAACAACUGAAGAAUAAAUUACGCAAAUUUUAACCUGUAACGUUUACGGAGUAAAUCUGUCUCCAUAUCCCAUUGUUCGGAGAUCUCUGUGUUUAUUUGAUCUACCAUGAUGUAGAGAAAGAUAGGUAAAAAUGGUUAAGUAGUCUGUUUAGAGUUGGCUUUUGUAAAUAAAACAUAUCUUCUCAAAGUGGACUUAUUGUCUGGCUCUCAACACAAUUGUGAAGACUACUUUUGGAGCUAUUCAGUAGCUCAUAUGAACAUGUCAUUAUACAAAUUUUAAUGUGGCUCAAUGUUUUAAAUUUAUCAUAUCAUAAAAAUAAGAAAGGGGAACAGCCUUGCUAUGUUAAGAUCAGUUGUUUCCAGGUACCUAGGGUAGCAUUCAGUUGGGUGUUGCAAACCUAGAUGUUAAAUAUGUUUUUAGCAUUACCAUUUUUUGGUGCAGGAAGCCAUUGUAUUUGGACAUAUCACAUUGUGAUGUGAUAACAUGGUCUUGCAUUUGUAUAUUUCAUUGUCUAGUGUCCUGUGCUUGUACAGGUAUUUUACAUACUCCUUCAUGCAAGUCAGAUAUAUUUAUUUUAUGAUUUUUUUAAAUCAAAUUUUGUACAAAAAUUGCGUAUUAUAGUGUAUUUCUUUUUAUAUGUGCUUCCCUUUUUUUAACAAAAUAAAACUGUCUCA